UCCUGACUCUCUGGUGUAGCGCUGCAGAGACCGGCUCGAGCCGCUACGAAAGCUGCCACGCUUCAGUAAGAGGAAACAGAGGAGGCAGAGAGCUGAGCUGGCACAUAGUACUUGAUCUAGUUAUUAUUUCAGUGUUCAAAUUCAAACAUAAGCUAGAAACGCUAUGUUGAGCACAAUGAGCAGGGUGACUAACUCGUUCUCCGCAGAAGUGACUGAUGCUCAGAUGUUCUCCAGUGAACACUUCAACGGAGAAGCCUGCUAGCUCUCUUGCGUUUUGUUUUCUUCCAAUACCCCGAGUUUUCCUCAGUUUCUUCAACGUCUCGAAAACGCCGGUGUGCAUCAUGACAGGAAUAAUGUCUGCCCUGAAGGGCUGCACGAGCCCCAAUGUGUACGAUGAGGUGCCAGACGGAGGCUGGGGUUGGCUGGUGGCUGCCGCCUUCUUCUUCGUGGAGGUUUUCACCUAUGGCAUCAUCAAGAGUUUUGGGAUCUUCCUCCAGGACCUCAUCACAGACUUUAAUGAAACCAACAGCAGAGUGUCUUGGGUCGUCUCCAUCUGUGUCUUUGUCAUGGCCUUCACAGCUCCUCUUUCCACGGUGAUGAGUAACCGCUUUGGCUAUCGGCCUGUUGUCAUGCUCGGUGGACUCCUGAUCAGCCUGGGUACAAUUACAACAGCCCUUACCAACUCCAUCAUUGAGAUGUACAUUACCAUGGGAAUCGUUGCAGGCCUGGGUUACUGCCUUACCUUCCUGCCUACAGUUACUAUCUUGUCGCAGUACUUCAGCAAGCGCCGUUCCCUCGUCACAUCCAUAGCCUCCACAGGAGAAUGCUUCUCCCUGCUAGCACUUGCGCCAGGUUUGAUCGCCAAAGCAGUGCAACAUACUCAUCUGGAUGGUUCACGCAAAAUGGAAAUUGCGUCAUUUUCUCACCCUCAUGUCAUUCAUUCAGAUUUUCUGAUGGAGCACAGAUUUUAUGGUUCCAUCAAUUAUGGCAAGUCAUCCAGUGACCCCCAUGAAUCUGGACUCCGAUUUGAAAUACACUUGCAAACCAUUCAUACUUCCUCCAGAAAUAGUUAUAAACCUAUAAAUUUUCCUCCCACACACAUUUAUGGAGGUCAUCUUGUGUUUUUUGUUUUAGGUUUUCUGGUAGACACGACUGCCAAUUACGGAUCAGCCUUUUACUCCUGCGCGGCUGGGAUGGGAGUCGGGGCUCUGUUUCUUGGACUGGUGCGUCCAGCCAAAACCGGCCUUUGCCUUGGGAGGACAAGAAAUGACCAGCAAACAGACAGGGACUCCAGCUCACAGGGUAGUGAUUAUGGCCCUGCCGACUUUGUAGAAAUGGACAUGGAGAUCGACAACAGUCCUGCAAAGAGCAAACCUUGGCCAGUAUGAAUACCGCCUCACCUCAAGAGUAAACACACUUAUCCUCCACUUGAAUGAUCAUCCCAAAGGCUGCCACACACAAACCCUGUGCAAACAGGGUCAAAACCUAACUUUACGUCAAUUAAAGAAGAGUUUUAUCACUCAUUGCACUUUUUUGCUGACCACCCAAUCAUAAUCCCAAAAACACGUUUACAUUCCUUGUCAUUAUUUAUUGAAAAGAAACAAGUUUUGAGGUUCCUUUCCUGUCAUAUUGUGUACCACGUACUAGUCUCUACAGAUAAACAUGCUUUUCGAGAGGCCAAGAAUUAAACCCAUUAAGCAUUCAAUGCUAUUCUUCUCAUUUACCAAAGUCUUAGUGUGAAAUGCAACUUCACUCUUUAUUUCAUUAUUAUAUUGUCCACAAACCAUCAUACCGCUUUAACAUUUAAAAAAGAAACCUCAGGCUGUUUUGCUGCUUACAGUGAGGCCAUGAUGCAUGUGUAUAUUUCAUUAGGUUCAGAGUUAAAGGUGGGGUAAGCGAUUUUUCAAAAACGCUUUAGAAAACUGAUUCGGGCCCAC